AUGACACUUUCAAAACUCCAGCGAAUAUUCACCUGUGGCCGUAAGAAAGAUUCAGGUUCCAAACCAGAAAGCAAGCGACAGACAGAUACUGGGGACGAUGAUAGAGAUGAAUAUGGCGCUUUGAGCGAGGUCGCUGCUCCAAGUCCGGUUGAGCCUACAACCGAAGAACAAGAAACGCGACGCGCAUCCCUUGAUAAGAACCUCUCUGAAACAUAUUCGCACCCUCAUCUCGCCAAUAAUUGA